UCAGGUCCAACAGGCACAACGAUUGUAUGUCCAGCAUUAUUACCUCCAGCACACCGCGCGCAAAUGUCGAAGUCAGCCGAUAAGAUAUCGACCAGCUUGCCUUUGCCUUCAUCUCCCCAUUGCGCACCAAGAACGACGGUGACUGCGAUCAGGGUCGGUAAUCAACGAUCGGUGGUGCUGAACAGACUGACAUACCGCUCAUGGACAAAGGAGCUUCUGUGAUAACUUAGAGCCAGUUAGCAGAGGCUGCGAUGUGGAAAAGAAAUGAGAUUGACAACGGUUCAGAAUUAGAUCAUCGUGAUCUUUCGGAGAACAUCAGAAAAGGCAAUCCAGUUGCUACAUCGUUCAGCCUGAAAACAUAUGCCGUUUUCCUCAAACCCUAUCAAACCCUCCCCGCUUCAGUCAAGGUUGAAGCGGCAUCCCGCUCUAUUUGGUGUCCCAUUUCUUCUCAUCAUAGUUGGCGCCUCGUUCGGUCUUCAAACUUUCACGCAAACUCGAUAUGACCUCCAGGACCAGAAAGUCAAGCAGAUCAGCAAUGAGCAAGCUUUGGGUCUCGAUCGCAACAAGAAAAAGUUUGAUAUCAGGGAGGAAUACUAUAAAUUAAGCGCUUCUGGAGACCAAGACUGGGAACCUAAAAGGAUUGCAAGACCCAAAGACUCUCCUCAAUGGCCCAACGAACCUCCAGCCAAGUCUUGAUAUAUCUUAGAAUGUCGGCUGUGGAUCGCCAUCUCCUAGCCACUCAGCGUUCCAUGUUCUUUACCCCACCUCGCCGAGUUGCGAUAUCACGGAGGAGAAACUUGUAGCG